AUGGCUGUGUGUGUCCUGAUGAUGAUGAUGAUGAUGGUGUUUGGUUGUGUGAAGGGCUCGUCUCCUCGUCUGGCUCUAGAGAAGAGUCUCGUCUGGCCGUCCAAAGACACACGGUGUCUCCACAUGCUGAAACACCUGCAGAACGGUGCUCGCAUCACUGUACAGAUGCCACCCAACAUCCAGGGACACUGGGUCUCCACAAGCUGUGAGGUUCGUCCCGGUCCGGAGUUCAUCACUCGCUCGUACCGUUUCUUUCACAACAACACGUUUCAGGCACAUCAGUUCUACUACGCAGACAAUCAGUGCACCGCGCCGAGCUACACGCUGCUGAUCCGGGGCCGGCUGCGUCUGCGCCAGGCGUCCUGGAUCGUCCGAGGCGGCACCGAGGCCGACUAUCAGAUCCACGGCACACGUCUGGUGUGUCACUCGGCGUCUGCGGCCCGAGAGCUCGCUCAGCGGCUGAAGCACAGCUGCAGGGAUCUGGGCUCCUGGCUGCCGAACGUGAGCUACGAGCUGUGGAGCGACUGCGGCUGCGGCUGCGCACUGAACGUCUCCAUGCACGAGCUGCAGCUGCUGCGGCUGGAGAAGCAGUAUCUGCAUCACAGUCUGGAUCAGCCGCUGGAGGAGCUUUAUCUGGGAGACAUUCACACCGAAGCGGCGCAGAGGAUGCUCUACAGACCCUCCAGCUACCAGCCCGCGCUGCAGAACACACAGAAUCAGGAUCUCAGCUGCGUGGUCUGCCGCAUCGUCUCGAGCUCAGACGAGUUUGAUCCGCCGGUUCUCCCGCCGCGGCCCGAGCUGACGGUGACUCUGAGGGGCCAGUGGGCUUCCCGCCGCUGCGAGGUCCGGCCCACGGUUCUGUUCCUCACGCGACACUUCAUCUUCCACGAGGAUAACCACACCUGGGAGGGUCACUACUAUCACUACUCUGACCCGGCCUGCAGACACCCCACCUUCAGCCUGUUCGCCCGCGGACGCUACAGUCGCGGCCUGCGCUCCACACGCGUCAUGGGCGGCACCGAGUUUGUGUUCAGAGGUCAGAGUUCAACUCAUUUAACAGAAAAACUCCUUACAAACACGAAUCAGGAUCUCAGCUGCGUGGUCUGCCGCAUCGUCUCGAGCUCAGACGAGUUUGAUCCGCCGGUUCUCCCGCCGCGGCCCGAGCUGACGGUGACUCUGAGGGGCCAGUGGGCUUCCCGCCGCUGCGAGGUCCGGCCCACGGUUCUGUUCCUCACGCGACACUUCAUCUUCCACGAGGAUAACCACACCUGGGAGGGUCACUACUAUCACUACUCUGACCCGGCCUGCAGACACCCCACCUUCAGCCUGUUCGCCCGCGGACGCUACAGUCGCGGCCUGCGCUCCACACGCGUCAUGGGCGGCACCGAGUUUGUGUUCAGAGUUUGA